AUGGAUGACUUCGGCGAUGAAAUGAUAAACCAGGAGGAUUGCUGGACGGUUAUAUCGUCAUUCUUCGAUGAGAAGGGUUUAGUUAGGCAGCAGAUAGACUCCUUCGAUGAAUUCGUUCAGAAUACUAUGCAAGAAAUUGUUGAAGAGAACCAGAAGCUGACGUUAGACCAAUUCAACCAAUACACACAACAUAAGAAUGAUACUACGAGAAGAUACGAGAUUCAAUUCGGUCAAAUUUAUCUAUCUAGGCCUACGAUGACAGAAGCUGACGGUAGUGUCAGUCCAAUGUUUCCACACGAGGCUAGAUUAAGAAAUUUAACGUAUUCAGCUCCAAUAUAUAUUGAUAUGAAGAAAAGGGUUUUAGUUCAAGUGGAAGAUGAUGAAACUGGCGAUUUGAUCUGGGUACCAGAAUUUGAUGAGGAGCAUGACGAGACGACGAAAGUUUGGAUAGGCAAAGUACCUAUCAUGUUGAAGAGUACUUUCUGUAAUUUGAACAACGUCGAUUCCGCCAGAUUAUCCGAGUUGAACGAGUGUCCAUUUGAUCAGGGUGGUUAUUUCAUUAUCAACGGUUCAGAAAAAGUCCUGAUAGCCCAAGAAAGAUUGGCUGCUAACCAUGUCUACAUUUUCGCCAAAGCUGAACCUUCACCCGUCUCUUAUCAAGCUGAAAUCAGAUCAGCCAUGGAGAAGGGUGGCAAAACUGUUUCGUCCAUGCAAAUCAAAAUGUUUAGAAGACCUCAGGGUAAUGCUCAAGCUGAUACGAUGAGAGCCACUAUACCAUAUAUUAAAAACGAAAUUCCAAUCAUCAUCGUAUUUAGGGCUUUGGGUAUCGUACCUGAUAGAGAAAUUCUGGAACACAUCUGCUUCGAUUUCGACGACAGUCAAAUGCUUGAUCUUCUCAAACCAUGCAUUGAAGAAGCUUUCGUUGUUCAAGAUCAAAACGUCGCUCUUGAUUUCAUCGGUAGAAGAGGUACAACUACCGGUCUUUCAAAAGACAAGCGUAUCAGAUAUGCUAAAGAUAUUCUUCAAAAAGAGAUGUUACCACAUGUUGCUACCAAUGAAGGUUCAGAGACAAAGAAAGCUUACUUCUUUGGUUAUAUGAUCCAUAGACUCAUGUUGGCGAGAUUAGAGAGAAGAGAAUUGGAUGAUAGAGAUCACUUCGGUAAAAAGAGAUUAGAUUUGGGUGGUCCUUUACUAGCUAGUUUAUUCAGAAUGUUGUUCAGGAAGCUCACCAAAGAUGUUUAUAGAUAUAUGCAAAAAUGUGUUGAAACUCACAAAGAGUUUAACCUCAAUCAAGCUGUUAAAGCAAACACCAUCACUAAUGGUCUUAAAUAUUCUCUUGCUACUGGUAACUGGGGUGAUCAAAAGAAGUUCAUGCAAGCAAGAGCGGGUGUUUCUCAGGUCUUGAAUAGAUACACGUUUGCUUCUACACUUUCCCACUUGAGAAGGUGUAACACACCGAUAGGUAGAGAUGGUAAGAUCGCCAAACCACGUCAAUUACAUAAUACACACUGGGGUAUGGUUUGUCCUGCUGAGACUCCUGAAGGUCAGGCUUGUGGUUUAGUAAAGAACCUUGCACUUAUGGCCAAUGUCUCAACUGGUAGUUCAUCUGCACCAAUUCAAGAUUUCUUACAAGAGUGGGGUAUGGAAGAACUUGAAGAGUUUAAUCCACGUUCAAAUCAAGUCAAGGUCUUCGUUAACGGUGUCUGGAUUGGUGUUCACAGAGAUCCAACUAACCUCGUCAAAACUUUGAGAAAGCUCCGUCGUGAGGGUGAUAUCCAACACGAAGUGUCAGUUGUAAGAGAUGUCAGAGAAAAGGAGAUUAAGGUUUUCACUGAUGCUGGUCGUGUAUGUAGACCGCUCUUCUUGGUUGACGAAGAAACACAACAGUUAGAAAUUAACAAAUCUCACAUCGCAAAGAUAGAAGCACAUACGAAUGGAGAAGACGAAGAUCCAGACCAGCCAUACAACUGGGCCAAAUUGAUGUCAGACGGUGUUAUGGAAUUACUAGAUGCUGAAGAAGAAGAGACUGUCAUGAUAUGUAUGACACCUGAAGAAUUAGAACAUUCUAGGCAAGGUUUUAUACCGCAAGAUGAAGAAUUCGAUCCAGCAGCGAGAAUCAAAUCAGCCUCUACUUUGGAUACUCACACUUGGACACAUUGUGAAAUCCAUCCAAGUAUGAUCCUUGGUAUCUGUGCUUCUAUCAUUCCAUUCCCUGAUCACAAUCAAUCCCCUAGAAAUACCUAUCAAGCUGCGAUGGGUAAACAAGCUAUGGGUGUUCACUUGACAAACUUCCAGCAAAGAAUGGACACACUUUCAAAUAUUCUCUACUAUCCACAAAAGCCAUUAGCGACUACAAGAUCAAUGGAAUAUCUCAAAUUUAGAGAAUUACCAGCUGGUCAGAAUGCAAUUGUCGCUAUUCUUUGUUACUCUGGUUACAACCAAGAAGAUUCCGUUAUUAUGAACCAAUCUGCUAUUGACAGAGGUCUCUUCAGAUCUAUAUUCUAUAGAAGUUAUAUGGACACGGAGAAGAAAGUUGGUACUAUGCUUUUGGAGGAGUUCGAGAAACCAACGAGGGAAACUUGCUUGAGAAUGAAACACGGUACAUAUGAUAAGAUCGAGAAUGAUGGUUUGAUUGCUCCUGGUACGGCAGUUACAGGUGAUGAUAUAAUUAUUGGUAAGACUGCACCAAUCCCACCAGACUCCGAAGAAUUAGGUCAACGUACAAAACUGCACACCAAACGUGAUGUAUCAACACCAUUGAAAUCAACAGAGAAUGGUAUAGUUGAUCAAGUUUUGGUUACGACAAAUGCAGAUGGAUUGAAAUUCUCUAAAGUCAGAAUGAGAUCAACGAGAAUACCACAAAUUGGUGAUAAGUUCGCAUCUAGGCAUGGUCAAAAAGGUACGAUUGGUAUCACUUAUCGUAACGAAGAUAUGCCAUUUACGUCAGAUGGUAUCACACCUGAUUUGAUUAUCAAUCCACACGCUAUUCCAUCACGUAUGACAAUUGGUCACUUGGUUGAAUGCUUGCUUUCUAAAGUUGCGACGUUGCAGGGUAGCGAGGGUGAUGCAACGCCAUUUACAGAGGUUACUGUUGAAUCCAUCUCUUCAAUUCUUCAUGAAAAGGGUUACCAAAAGAGAGGAUUGGAGGUUAUGUACAAUGGCCACACUGGUAGAAAAUUGCAAGCACAGGUAUAUAUCGGACCUACAUAUUACCAAAGAUUGAAGCACAUGGUUGAUGAUAAGAUCCACGCGAGAGCUCGUGGUCCUGUACAAAUUCUCACUAGACAACCAGUCGAAGGUAGAUCCAGAGAUGGUGGUCUCCGUUUCGGUGAGAUGGAGCGUGAUUGUAUGAUUGCUCAUGGUGUUGCUGCAUUCUUAAAGGAGCGUCUGUUUGACGCAUCUGAUGCUUACAGACUUCACGUCUGUGAUCUUUGCGGUAUGACAGCUAUCGCGAACCUCAAGAAACAAACAUUUGAAUGCAGAGCUUGCAGGAAUAAGACAGAUAUUUCACAAAUUCACGUACCAUAUGCUGCUAAACUCCUCUUCCAAGAAUUACAAUCAAUGGGUAUUUCACCAAGAUUAUACUCUGAUGUUAGUAACACAGGUGGUGUACGCUAAACUUAUUUAAAUCGGCAUAAUGCCUACAAUGUAUAUUACAAUUAAAGUA